AUGACCUUCUUCUGGGGGAAGAAUGCAGAGAUUCUGUUUUCAGGUUGGCCAGGCAGCAACACAGGGAUGUACGUGCUGGCCUUGAUCGUGGUGUUCGUCCUAGCAGUGCUGGUGGAGGGUCUCUCCCGUUGCCAACUGAUAAAAUCCGGGACCAACAAUGUGGUGGCAGGGUUGCUUCAGACUCUUAUGCACGCCAUCCGUAUGGGACUCGAUUACCUACUGAUGCUUGCUCUCAUGUCAUUCAAUGGCGGUGUUUUCAUUGUCGCCGUUGCUGGUCAUGCCCUCGGCUUCUUGCUUUUCGCCACCGGUGUUUUUAGAGCUGACCAGAUGCCUAUACCUCCUCCCACUGAUCAGAAGCCCUCCGAUCUCCCUCCCUUGACGUGCUGA